AGUUAAAAUUUAUGCGUCGAAAAAUGAAAUAGGAGUAAUUCACAACUAAAAUGAAUGAAGAGAAUAUGUCCACUUGCUAUCAAUAUUAGGAAAAUAAAGUAAAGGACUAAAACAUUCCACUUCAGGAAAAAACAAAUAUCCCAAAAAUACCAAAGGGUCCGAUACUCGGAUCCCUAAUUUUAUCUGCAGCCCAUUCUCUUUCCGGCGCCGGUGCUCUUCCACUAUCUCCGGUCUUCUCCGAUCAGGUUCUGAACUCAAGGGAAGACGAUGCAUCCACCUUUGACUCUGCAUAGACACCCCUUGUGUGCUGAUAUAAUUGAAGAGUUUCAAAAGUGUCAUACAGACCACCCAAUAGGGAAAUUCCUUGGGCAAUGCACAGAUCUAAAAAUAAAGCUUGACCGGUGCUUCAGGCAGGAAAAAGCUGUAAAGAGGAAAGCAAAUUUUGAACAGAGCAAGAAGUUGAAGGAGAGGCUCCAGGCUUACAGGAAGGAAACUGCUGACAUGCAGUUUUGACGGUGAAAAUAGGUUUGUUUUCAAGCCACCGUUGUACCAUAUAUUUCAAACAUGAAGGCAAUUUAACGGCUGGGUCUUAUUGGGGAAAGAUUAAUGAAUAGAAUUGUCAUUUGUCUAUUCUGAUGUUUCCAUCAAUCUCCAUUAUUUAAGUUAGUUGUAGUGAAAUAAGAUUGUAUAGACACAAGAACUAAUUAUUACAGGCUUAUCUUGUUGGACCAUUCUAUUUUGGUGCCUGGAAAAUGUCAAACAUCAAAGUAGCGAGUUGAUUGUGUUAACUGAUAGAAGAAGGUUCCUGUGCUGAUGGUGGUAGGCAACCACCUGUGGAAUUAGUUGAGGUCAGGCUAGAUGGUUCUUUUGAGUUAGUUUUAUCUUACUUUCUGCUAUCUGUUUUGAGGUUUGGAAAUACAGUAACACGGGGAAAGAAAAAGCUGAGAAGUCAUAUAUAUGAGAAUAAUUCCUCUGUUCCUGAUUUAUGGAGAACGAGUACUGUAAAUGAAUUGUUCUAUGUAUUCCUAGUUAUAAUUCAAUGUUCUUUUGGAA